GGCGCAGUCGCAGCCGCAGCACUGGCGGAAGAGCGCGCGGCCGCGAGCAAAGGAGGGAGGGAAGGAAGGAAGAGAAGGAGGCGGGCAGGCAGGCGGGCGCGGGGGUCGGGGACUGAGGCUGUAGACAGGCGAGAGCCCGGCAUCCGCUUCGCGCUGUGUUUGCUGCGCGGGCUUUUGGAGGGGGCGGCCGUUGAGUCGGUCCAGGAGAAGCGGGCACUGGCGGCGUUGGUACUGGCGCCUGGGGGCGGGGGACUGGGUCGGCGAGAAGGGGGGGGGUCGCUGCGGUGGUUCUCUCGCUGUCGCGCUCUCCCUGCCUUUCUCCCCGCUCGGUGGGCUGCCCCCCGGCGUCUCACUCGCCUCCGGGGCCCCGCUCCCCGCCCCCCGCGGUAUGUCUUGAUCCCGAGCAGCGGGUUUCAUGGGGCUCCUUAGGAUUAUGAUGCCGCCCAAGUUACAGCUGCUGGCGGUGGUGGCCUUCGCAGUGGCGAUGCUCUUCUUGGAGAACCAAAUCCAGAAACUGGAGGAGUCCCGAUCAAAGCUAGAAAGGGCAAUUGCAAGACAUGAAGUUCGAGAAAUUGAGCAGCGACAUACGAUGGAUGGCCCUCGGCAAGAGGCCAUGCUGGAUGAGGAAGAGGACAUGGUGAUCAUUUAUAACAGAGUCCCCAAAACUGCAAGCACCUCCUUUACCAAUAUUGCCUAUGAUCUGUGUGCAAAGAAUAAGUAUCAUGUUCUUCACAUCAACACUACCAAAAAUAAUCCAGUGAUGUCACUACAAGACCAGGUACGCUUUGUAAAGAAUAUAACUUCCUGGAAAGAGAUGAAACCAGGGUUUUAUCAUGGACAUGUUUCUUAUUUGGAUUUUGCAAAAUUUGGUGUGAAGAAGAAGCCAAUUUACAUUAAUGUCAUAAGGGAUCCUAUCGAGAGGCUAGUUUCUUACUAUUACUUUCUGAGAUUUGGAGAUGAUUAUAGACCAGGGUUAAGAAGACGAAAACAAGGAGACAAAAAGACCUUUGAUGAAUGUGUGGCGGAGGGCGGCUCAGACUGUGCUCCGGAGAAGCUCUGGCUUCAAAUCCCGUUCUUCUGUGGCCACAGCUCGGAAUGCUGGAAUGUGGGAAGCAGGUGGGCUAUGGAUCAAGCCAAGUAUAACCUAAUUAAUGAAUACUUUCUGGUGGGAGUCACUGAAGAACUUGAAGAUUUUAUCAUGUUGCUGGAGGCAGCUUUGCCCCGGUUUUUCAGGGGCGCUACAGAACUCUACCGGACAGUAGGAAAGAAAUCUCAUCUUAGGAAAACCACGGAGAAGAAACUCCCAACUAAACAAACCAUUGCAAAACUGCAGCAAUCUGACAUUUGGAAAAUGGAGAACGAGUUCUAUGAAUUUGCCCUGGAGCAGUUCCAGUUCAUCAGAGCCCACGCUGUACGGGAAAAAGACGGAGACCUCUACAUCCUCACACAAAACUUUUUCUAUGAAAAGAUUUACCCUAAGUCGAACUGAGUACAAGGUGUGACUGUUAGGUUCUUGAACUAAAACUUAAACCUUGUCUUCACCUCAGCCCCACAAGUCGGGUUGCUGAUGGGUGUGAGAGACAGUGUGUGUUGAGCCGAGUUAGGGAGCAGUAACACCUGGGAAGUAGAUGCUGACUGGUAAGUUUCAGUGGCCUCAGAGGUUUCACUUUCAGCCUUUUUCUCUUUUUCCUCUUUUUUCUUCUUCUUUUUUCCUGGUUAAAUUUUGGUGGGAGUUAUAACCUCCUGCCUGGAAAAAGCCUACACAUCGCCUAAAAUUAACACAUAGUGGGUCUAAUUGGAGGCUAAAUACAAUUUCAAACCUAAGUUCUGAUAGUGUCUUUUGGACAAAACAUUUUUUCCCCAGCUAACCAUGAAUGAAGAUUAAUCCAUUUGCUGCUUCCGCCUUCACCUGGAGGUUUUGGGUCAUACACCUCUACUGAAUAGUGUUACUGUUUGGCAGUGUGUGCUUUGUUUUUGUGAAUCAUGUCUCAUGCAAUUUAUUGGAAUGUUUGAUCCUAUUUGCUAAGAAUGUUUCUGCCGUAGUUGGAAUUGCCCACAUUUAUGUAGGUCGUUUUAAUAUUCUUUAAAAAAACUGAUCAUUAGUGUUAAAAACCAAUUUUAAAAGAGUCAAAGCAGUAUUUCUGAUUCAUGUCUUUCUAGUAUCUAAGACUGGGGAGACACUUCAAGGAAUGUUGACAUUGUCUGGAGUUUUAGUUAAGGCUUCCACACUUUCAUGUCAGAAAAGUAAGUUUAGUAUUUGUUCCUCCAUGGGUUAUUUGUAGAGCAUAUACUGACAUUUUGGUGAUUCCAUAUUCUAACUCCAUUAGUGAGCUGUGGUAUGGGUAGGAUUUUCCUACUUCUUCUGUACUUUUACUUGUAGACUAUUUUUACUAAGGUGCUUUAUAAUGUGUUUUAAAAGCAUUGCAUUUACAAAAAAAAAAAAGAAAAGGAAAAUGCUGUAAAUAUUGCAUAUUUUAUGUAUUUGGACCAAAUGGUUAUAAGUUAAUUAGGUAAAAGUGGUUUUGCACCAGUUUUAUUAUGUCAAGUAAAAUCAUCAGACCUACUGUUCUUGUAGUUCUCAAUUAACUUUACUGUUAAACAUCACUGAAAUGGACUUCAGUAACCUUUCAAUUUUGAUACACAGAACAUUAUUCGUAAUUGGGGGCAGUAAUUCAAGUGGGAAGAGUACUGGCCAAGGAGUCAGAAAAUCUGAUUUCUGGUCCUGGCUCUGCCACUUAUCCUUAUCAGCUGUGUGAUCUUGGGCAAGUCACUUAACCUCUCUUUGCCUCAAUUUCCUCAUCUUGAAAUGAGGAGACUAAUACCUGCUGUACCUACCUCACAGGGGUGUUGUGAGGAAUAAACGAGACGGCACGUGAAAGCACUUUGGAAUCUGCUAAUGCGCUGUAGAAACGUAAGGGGUGAUGGAAACAUCGAUCACGUACAGUUCCGUACCAUUCAUUUUUUAACAAAGUAAGGGAAAAGUCCCCUUCUAAGCUGGUGGAAAAAAAUGGUUAAUUUUGGUAUAAAUUUGUGUUUGAUAAAUAUCUUCUCUGUUUUAUCUUCCCUGUUUCAACAACUAUGGAAAUACGAAACACCUGUGAACUCUUAAAGAUUCAUGAACAGCUGCUUGAGUUCAGGAGGUUCCCUGUUUGAAAAAGACUUCAUUAGCUGACUCAGGGCAGGAGAAAAUAUGCUCUUCAAAUUUGAGAGAUUGGUCUGUUUUUAUUUUACGUUACCAUUCAGAAAUGGUAGCUAUUUUGUACCUCUGGUUUUUAAGAUAUAUUUUGCAGAGUUUAAUUUCCCUGUACCAUCUUACCCUUCUUAGAGUAACAGAUAAAGUAUUUUAGGAAUAUUUUCUAAAAGAAUAAUCUUUACUAUGUUUAGUUUAAAUAAAUACUGUUCCUGAACAAGACCUCACCAAACUAGGUAAAUAAACAUUUUUAGGCAGGCUGCUUUAAAGGUUAUUAAUUGUAUGGGAGGUGAGGAGGGAGCAUGACUUACCAAAAA